AUGGCAACGAUUACGCGCACACGACGAAGAGAAGUAACGGCUACAGCUGACGAUGAGCCGAGAAAUUCAUCACCAGAUUUUCGAAAUACUGUUCACGCAGUUGGCACUGGAAUGCGAGAUAUCACACGAACAGCGGCUGAAGUUCUUGGCGAAUUUCAAGAUGCAUUAAAACCGCUAAUGUCAGAGUUCAGCGCGGAGGAACAGAACCAAAUAUAUAAUGCAUUCCUUGAAUAUCACGAACUACUAACGACAAGUCAACGAUUUCUCACAAGAGCGCUGAUACUAGCUGCUCGAGCUCGAACAUCAACUGAAUUAAUGGCAUCGAUCGAUAUCCAGAUGAUACGAGACAUGUGCUCGACUGUCGGAGCAUUAUUGGAGAAAUUUAUGAAAAUCAAUCCAAUUCUUCAAGAAAAACUUAAAGAUCAACAAGCACUUAAACGAUUGAGAAAUAUUCUUGGUCUUUUUGCGCUUAUUAGUGGUUGUUCUAUAGGAAUCGGUGCUGCAGUAGCUCGAUUCACAAGUGUGGGCUUUACAACAGGAAUGAAGGCGUACUUGGUUGUCGCGGGAUCAGUGACUGUUGCUACUGCAGCACCGGCAGUGAUGGCACAUGUCGCUCAACAUGAAGCUGAACUAAAUCAUCUUAAAAGUACUUUGGUAGAAAUGCGCGGUGUACUCACAACAUUGAGCCAGAAUUAUCCAAAAAUUGAAGUGACGGCUCAAAUCUUAUCCGAUGAUGACCAUUCAAGACAAGACUUUAUUCAACUUUUAAAAGACACACAGGCUGAAGUUGACAAAGGUUUCGCAAUUUUGCGAAAUCUAUAA